GUCCAAUCAAACGAGGGCUUGACCAGAAGCAAUGGCGCCGAGCAAGAAGAAGUCCAAGCUGCGCAAGGUGCCGAUUGGGCCGCCGCCCGUCAAGAGCCGCCGGCGCGCCCGCGAGAUCACGACCGAGUUCCACCGCGUGACGCAUGAGCUCAACCGGCUGCAGGACGCGGCCAAGGACGAGGUGGCCAAGGCGCGCCAUGCAGAGCUCGAGCAGCGGCUCAAGGACCUCGGUGGGCGCCAAGUGUACCAGGACGCGAGCAUUCUCUCGACGAGCUUUCAUCGCACGAGCAAGUGGGUCUUCUCGCUCCUCACCAAGUUUGGCCUCCGCCCUGGCAAGAAGCAGCCGCCGCUCGACGUGCUCGAGGUCGGCGCCAUCAACACGCAGCUCCUCGUGUGCCCGUGGCUCAACGUGCAGGCGAUCGACCUCAUUGCGCGCCACGCCAAGAUCCAGCAGCUCGACUUUUUCGACGUCCCGUUCACAAAGACAUUCGACGUCGUGGUCUCGAGCAUGGUCAUCAACUGCGUCCCGACGCCCGAGAAGCGAGGCGAAAUGCUCCAGCGCACGUGGCGCCACCUCAAGGACGACGGUCACUUCUUCCUCAUGUUGCCGCUGCUCUGCUUGACCAACUCGAAUCACAUGACGGUCGACCACUUCGAAGCCAUCUUGACGCGUGUGGGAUUCGAGAUUCGCGAGAAGAAGGAGACGCCCAAGAUUGCGUUCUUCUGCCUCCGCAAGGUGCCCGCGACGGCCGUGCCGCCGGGUACCUUCCAGCACAAGACGCUGCGGCCAGGACCCAAGCGCAACGAUUUUGGCGUCGCGAUAUAACAACUGCAAUCUCAGAACAAAAGGCUGCGCGGUUUGAUACGAACGCGCCAUUGUAG